GGAUGCACCAGUUGGAAUGAAACUCCAAAGGAUUCAACAGUGGAUCUUUAACCCCCUCCCAACUUCUGCAGCCUCUCGUGGGCCAUGGGCUCUAUCCGUGUUCGCUUCUCUACCCUCAUGGCCCAAGAAGACCUUGUUUAAAAGAGAGUCCCCUCCAACACACCACCUGUAUGGAGACAUUUCAAGAGAUGUUCGAGGAACUUUUGAGAAUGGAGUCAUUUUUCAGAAAUGUGCAGUGGUGUCCGGGCAGAGCGCGUUGCAGACAGCCCAGGUGCGUCUGCUCGUGAACAACACCAGGACGCCCGGGGCGGCCAACCUCUCCGAGCUGCUCUUGCUCGACAACAUCACCGGCCUCACCGUUAGGGAGUCGACCGGAAACAAGACCUCGGAAGGAUUCCAGGCGUUCAGAAAGAAGUUUCUGCAAGUCGGAGACUCCUUCUUGGUCAGCUACACGGCCUCGCUCGAAGCCCGAGACGUUGGGAAUGGAGAGAUCCUGAUGCUGCCUGCCCAGCUCACCUUUCAGAGCUCAGCACCGAACAGAACACAGCUAAAAGCCCUUUUCACCAUAAUAGCAGAAGAAAAGAUAAAGGUUCUACCAGACCACGGUCUUCACGCAGCAGGGUUCUUUGUGGCCUUCGUCGGAUCCCUCGUGCUGACCUGGGUCAUGCUUUUCUUCAUGGUUCGGUGUGAGUGUCUGAAGGGAAGCGGGCUCACCAGACAUCAGGUUCAGCAUCACGAGAGCGGGCUGGAACACUCCCAGUUCACCUCAGCUGAUGGCAUGAAUGAGGAUCUUGCUCUAAAUGACCAAAUGAUAGACAUUCUGUCUUCAGAGGACCCCGGGAGCAUGCUUCAAGCCUUGGAAGAGUUGGAGAUUGCAACCCUGAACCGGGCAGACUCAGACCUGGAGGCUUGUCGAACCCAAAUCAGCAAAGAUAUCAUUGUUCUUCUGCUGAAAAAUCUGACCAGCAGUGGCCACCUCUCCCCUCAAGCAGAAAGGAGGAUGGGUGCUGUUUUCAAGAAGCAGUUUCUGUUGCUGGAAAAGGAAAUACAAGAGGAGUAUGAUCGGAAGAUGGUGGCAUUGACGGCUGAGUGUGACCUGGAAACAAGAAAAAAGACAGAGAACCAGUACCAGAGGGAGACGGCAGCAAUGGAGGAAGCAGAAGAGUUGCUGAAACGUGUUAGUGAGAGGUCUGCUGUCGAGUGCAGCAGCCUCCUGAGGACGCUCCACGGCCUGGAGCAGGAGUGCUUGCGGCGGUCUCUGGCCCUGCAGCAGGAGGAAGACUUUGCCAAGGCUCACAGGCAGCUGGCGAUUUUUCAGAGAAACGAACUGCACAAUAUCUUUUUUACCCAGAUAAAAAGUGCUAUUUUCAAAGGAGAACUGAAGCCAGAGGCAGCUAAAAUGCUGCUGCAAGAUUACUCUAAAAUACAGGAGAAAGUAGAAGAGUUAAUGGACUUUUUCCAGGCUAGUAAGAGAUAUCAUCUAAGUAAAAGAUUUGGCCACAGGGAGUACCUGGUCCAGAACAUACAGUCAUCAGACACCCGGGUGCAAGGCCUUCUGAGCACUGCGGCCGCUCAGCUGAGCCUUCUCAUCCAGAAACAUGAGAGAGCAGGGUACUUGGAUGAAGACCAGAUGGAGGUGCUGUUGGAGCGGGCUCAGACAGAAGUCUUUUCUAUAAAACAGAAGUUGGACAAUGACUUAAAGCAGGAAAAGAGAAAGCUCCACCAGAAAUUAAUAAUUAAGAGAAGACGAGAGAUGCUGCAAAAGCACAAGGAGCAGCGGAAGGGGCAGCUGUCCGUCGGGGAAGCCUUCCGAGCUGCUGAGGGUGCGGACCAGUACCUGGGCCAGUGGAGGAGCCUGAUGGCGGACCACAGCGCCGCCCUGGAGGAGCUGCAGGAGCGUCUGGACCAGGCUGCCCUGGACGACCUCAGGGCGCUGACCCUCUCCCUGUCCGAGAAAGCCACCGAGGAGCUGCGGCGCCUCCAGAACUCAGUGAUGACCCAGGAGCUGCUCAAGCGCACUGUGCCCUGGCUCUUCCUGCAGCAGAUCCUGGAGGAGCACGGCAAGGAGAUGGCAGCCCGGGCCGAGCAGCUCGAGGCCGAGGAGAGGGACAGGGGCCAGGAGGGCGUCCAGAGCGUGAGGCAGAGACUGAAGGACGACGCUCUGGAGGCCUCAACGGAGGAGCAGGCAGAGCUGAGACACUGGGAGCACUUGGUCUUUCUGAAGCUCUGCUCCUCGGCCUUCUCCCUGUCUGAGGAGGAGCUGCUCCAGAUGCGGCAGGAAGUUCACGGCUGCUUCGCUCAGAUGGACAGGAGCUUGGCCCUCCCCAAAAUCCGGGCCCGAGUCCUGCUGCAGCAACUGCAGACUGCUUGGCGAGAAGCAGAGUUCCUGAAACUGGACCAGGCCCUGGCUGCCCCCGAGCUGCAGCAACAGUCCAAGGCGAGAAAGCCGCGCUCCAAGAGUAAGAGCAAGAUAGACCUUUUGAAGAAGUGCAUCCAAGAUAAAAUCCAGCUCUUUGACGAACAGGCCUCUGGAGACCUGGUUGAAAAGGUUCGAGGAGAAUUGCUGCGAGAGAGAGUGCAGCAGCUGGAGGCCCAGGAGAGUCGCUUUGCAGAGUCCCUUGUCUCCCUGCAGUUCCAGAAGGCAGCCAGGAUGGCCAAGACCCUGUGCGCAUACACUGCCCUCCUGAGCAUCCAGGACCUGCUUCUGGAGGAGCUGAGUGUGUCGGAGACCCUGACCAAGUCAGCCUGCACGCAGAUCCUGGAGUCGCACACCCCGGAGCUCCAGGAGCUGGAGAGGAAGCUGGAGGACGAGCUGGCGCUCCAGGAGGCAGCCCAGCUGCAGCGGGCCCUGGAGAGUCGGCAGCAGUGGGCAGGCGACGGGCCUGGGCUCCUGAACGAGCCUGAGGAGACGGAUUCCGAAAGGCAGGUCUCCGCUGUCCUGCGGCGAGCCCUGAGCAAGGGCCAGGAGUUACUGGAGCAGCACCAGCAGAGUUUGAGAGAAGAGCAAGAGAGCAGUGUCGUGCUUGAAGAUUUGCUGGAGAACAUGGAGACUGACACCUUUGUGACCCUGUACAGCCAGGAGCUGAGACUGGCGUCGUACCUCUCCAAGCUGACGAUGGUGCCGGGGGGCACCCUGCGCCGGCUGCUGAGCGUGGCUCUGCCCGCAGCCUCACAGCCCGAGCUGCUGGCCGUGCUGGACUCCGUCAGCCAGAAGCAUCAGGACCAUGCGGGGGAGAGUGAUGGCAGCGGCGAGCAGGCGGACCUGGGCAGGAGGGGGAAACACCAGGCCUGGUGGCAGGCCUUAGAAAGCAAACUGCGAGGAGAACUGGUAAGCAGAGGACUGGAGAAGAUGCUCUGGGCUCACAGGAGGAAGGAGAGCAUAUUAAAGAAGACCUGUCCCCCUCUCAGGGAGAGGGUGAUGUUCUUGGGAGAAGAAAGCUGGCCACACCUGUCACUGGAGUCCAUUGGCGAACUGGCCCCCGUGCCCAUUGUAGGGGCAGACACCGUUGAUCUACUGAACACGGGCGAAAAGCUCUUUAUAUUCAGAAAUCCAAAAGAGCCAGAGAUCUCAUUGCACAUUCCUCCCAGGAAAAAGAAAAAGAACUUUCUGAACGCCAAAAAGGCCGCCUGGGCCUUUGGCCUUGACUAGCCCGAAGGAAGCUCCAGGGAGAGUCUGAAGACAGCAGACUUGUUGUUUUC